AGAACAUUUCUAUAAGAAACCUAAGAACCUACUGUUGAAUAGUACAAUAGGCGACGGGAACAACAAGCACAGCUAGUUCUGUAAGAAUGGAAGCUCGGGAAACGUGGGUUGGAAAACUUGAUUUCAUUCUUGCCUUGAUAGGUUUUUCAGUUGGUCUUGGUAAUAUAUGGCGUUUCCCAUAUUUGUGCUACAAGAACGGUGGCGGUAAGUAAGCACUCUGUGUUCCAUGUUUUCAGCAUGACUGUGUGAUAACUGCCUGUAAACAAGUGGUGAUUUCAAAGCGAUUUGGCGCAGUAGUUUACUCUACAGUUUGCUCUAAUGACAGCCAAGUUGCAUAUAUGUUACUGUUCAUGGUUCCAUUCGUGGAUUCAUUGAACACGAUGAACGCCGGCAACAAAUUGCAUUUAAAAAUCGACGAUUUUUGCCAUUUUAAUUGCAUCUUGAAAGUUUUAAGUGACCUAAAAAUGUACGCUUCGGCACUGUGUUUCUUUAUUUGAGUACUAAUCAUACAGCAAGGUAAAUAAGUACGAGUAAGUUUUGAAAAUGUUUUUUGUCAAGUGGGGUAGGGUAGGGCUCUUCCCACAGUGUUUCGACAACUGUCCCGUAAACGAGCGUCGUCGUGACACAAUUGCUCCAGAUCAGAAUGUCGGACCGGCAAAAUAAGAAUCGAUAAGACAAAAGAAGUGCCCAAGCUGAAGGAAGCAUUUGGAAUGUCUUUCGAAUAGACUUGAAUACUUAGAUUGUGCAGCUGUUCAUGUGGUUAAGGGGGUUAAGUGUUCCAGAGUAGGUUUUGUUAUCCAGUUUUGCAACCACGUGAGAAGGCGGCCAUAUUGGUUAACAGGACCAAUGUUUUCCGCGCAGAAUUUGAAUGAAAAAGGUUCAGUACUUUGAUUCCUAGCGGACUGGACUUCAGUAUCUUUUUUAAAAAGUUCUGGUCAACCAGUAUGGCUGCCUUGACGUCAGGUGCAAAUGGCGGCAUUAGUGAAAAUACAUUGAACAGACAACAGCGACAAUGGUAUCUUUUCUUUAUAAUGACCCCAUAGCAAGUUGCCCAUUUUGUAUUGACGAUAAGAUUUGAUAUUUUUUAAACCUUUAUAGCAAAACUAUUAUGCUCACAAUUCGAGUUUUUAGCGUUGAAGUGCCUCAGGUAUCACAGAACGUAAAUUAAUUGUCGAGUGUAAUAAAAGGUAAUUAACCUCCGCAACAGGACCCGGCCGUAGAAAAUAAGGUCAAUGAUGUUCUUGCCAUGUCAUUGUUGAUUGUUAUUACUCAGAUAUCAAAAAAAGAAAAGGUUGACAAAUUUGUCAAUAAAAUACUAAGCCAGGUGAGAAAGAAAGCAAAUGAUGAAUUCUAGCAUUUUUGAUAGUCUUGGCUAGAAGCGCCACUUGAUGACAAGUGAAGCAGCAGCAGCGCGAUAGGUGACGGCCAGGUCAAGGGGAUUUUAUUACUUUAUUUCGCCUCUGGGCGAAAUCCCUGCGGGGGCAAUAAUAGUAAUGAUAAUAAUAAUUGUAAACUUCUGACUGCAGGAUGCUUUCUGAUUCCAUAUGUGAUCUGUUUGGUGGUUGCUGGGGCCCCUAUUUUAAUAUUGGAAGUUUCCUUGGGUCAGUUCACAAGUCAAGGUGGCAUUACAGCCUGGAAAAUCUGUCCAUUGUUCAAAGGUACGUUUUUUCUUCGACAUCCGAUGGAUUACUAGGUUCCUACUCGGGCCUUUGUGCUUGAUUAAUUAAUAAGGUUACUUUGUAGCUCUCAGGAACAGUGAGAGAAAGAGCUUUAACCAAUAGAUUUAUUUCUUUCCCGUGCCUCUUCACAGCAACGUUAACAUCAAUGGUUUCAUCUGCUGCAAUACAAUACUAUAGCUAUUAUGUAUUAGUAUAAAAAAGCUAUAUUUUCGCUGCCAAAACGUCCUGCAUUGUUUGUAAUUAUAUUUUAGCCAAAACUGACACAGAACUGGCCACAGUUGUUCAAAAAGGUGGAUACGCGGCGCGAUCCAUCGGAUAAUUCUAUGCCUGUUGAGGCCUCAAAUGUAAUAAAUGUCCCUAAAUGUAAUAAAGGUCCUAAGUGUGAGAACUUUUGGCCCAAAAUGUCAUAAAGGUCCCAAAUGUAUAAAGGCUUGGUUAGCAUGGUAACUAGGCUUGUGUGUGCAAAAUACACUUCAAAUGGAGAUUUGUACUUCGGUUCUUCUUUCUGGUUCCUCGUUUAAAAUCCUCUGGUUUUCGGCCAGUCCUUUCGCCUAAUAAGAACCUUUCUUCCCGCCAGUUUUAAAGAAUCAUACUCCAUCUUGCACCUUACAGACCUUACAGCAGGAACAUGAGCGCAAUGACUUCUAUUUUCCUGGAGACUGCAUGGUAUGGGCCGCUGUAUACCAAUUUUACUCGCAAUUUACGAAAACGUUCUUGCAGAGCUCCUUUAAAUUCAGAACCUUUGUCACUUUGCACUACAAGAUCAGAGGGGGUCCAUUUUCUAUGUUUUGCUAUUUUUACUUUACACACUUCAAACACAAAUGAACCUACUGAAAACAUUCAUAACGGACAAUAGAUAUUGAUAACCGAACAAUCCUUGAUCUGAAAUUUAAUCCUUCCCCACUUUCCAAGGUCCAACAGAUCUACUUGGUGUCCGACUUGAACAAAGUUGAGUGUUUCACGCUAUUUCUUGAGUGUUUGGUUUUCCUUCUUUUCCUAAUAUCAGGCUGAGAUUUAACAAGGCCAGGCACUGUUGGGUUUGUUUAGAAGUCCGAUCUGGUUUCAGAGAAAUUUUACAAAGACUAUCAUGAUCAUUUAAGAAUUUGUUGUUUGCUGCUUUUCUUUUAAUCCACCAUAUUCACUUUGCCCAAUUAAGUAAUACUACAUAUUGUUUAUGCCUAAGCCUUGUUCUCAGUUUCCCUUGGGAAACCUGUAAUACCCUAGCCUCCCAGUUCCCACGCAGGCGUUUUUAGGGCAGCUCGUAUUUCUUCCCUCCCACACGAGCUCCCAUAAAAACGCCUGCGUGGGAGGCUAGUAAUACUCAUGAAAAACUGUAAACACUGGUCAUGCAAAAUAUUGGAAAACACGGUGCAUUAUGGGCAAUGUGAAAUUCUUAAAUGUCUAUUACGACUUCAGUAUGGCAUAGAAAGUAAAUCACCUGGCUAUGAGAUUAAAGUCACUGCGACUUUAUCAAGUUUACGGCCAACAGUUAUUCUACUACUCUUAGGAUUUUUAUUACAUUUAGGGCUAAGACGUAUUACACUUAGGACCUUUAUUACGUUUAGGGCCAAAAUCUAUUACAUUUAGGACCUUUAGUACAUUUAGGGCCAAAAUUUUUUACAUUUAGGACCUUUAUUACAUUUAGCGUUACUUAUUACAUAUGAGGCCUCAACCUUUACAUGGCUACCUGCGGACGUCGCUUUCGUCGCACGUUUUUCAUCAAAUCUCAACGAAAUUGUUUGCAUGUAGACAAGUCAGUGUUUUACGUGGUAGCGCUCGCUGCUAAUGAGCUUCAGCAAACACGAUGACGAGGACAGAAAGAAGACCAUAAAAACGCAAUAGGUGUUAUAAGAGCAAAACAAAACCUCUGAACGUGCACAUACUUUUUGAUAGAUUUCUUUGCUGUCAUCGUACGAAUUGCCCUUUUAGCCUUUAUCACGCGCAUGCCACUAUUAUAUCCAAUAAUUGUGUACCAUUUUAUUUGGCAGGAAUUGGAUAUGCAAGUGUUGUAAUAGUCCAAUUUCUCAACAUUUACUACAUUGUUAUCCUUGGCUGGGCUUUGUUCUACAUGUUUGCUUCGUUUACUUCCAAGCUUCCCUGGUCUCAUUGCGACAAUCCAUGGAACACACCACAAUGCGUUGAUUUAACUGGAAAAGGAAACUGGAAUAAUUCUGGAGUAGAAAUAAAUGACACAGUGUCAUCCAGUCAAGAAUAUUUGGAGUAUGAUGAAAUAUUCAGUGUAUUCGAACAUUCCAAUAAGUUUGGCUUUCGUAGCAAAACUGAGUAAAAUAUGAUAUUUUAUAUUUAUCAUUUCCUUAACAAGCCAUUUCUGCAACAUUUGGUAACCUCAAACAUUCAACGAAAUUUCUCUUUAUAUUUAUGAUGGAACACUGCACCAUUUUGUCCCACUAAAUGAAGAAAAUGCGUCAAACUUGUUCAUUGGCUUUAGCUUGUACUAAAAUUGCUUAAUAUUCAGUUUAUUUUUAAUUGCCAGAAACCCACAUGUAUAGAAUUGCAAAAUUUCAGACUUGAAGCAUAUGAUCAAAGUUUUCCAAAUUUUUCUUCAGGAUUUCUUGGAAAAUUUGCCGCUGGCUUACUAACGUGUAAAUGAUUUCUUCCAGGCGACGAGUUUUACGCAUCUCAGAUGGGUUAGCAGAGGCGGGCACCGUUAACUGGGAUCUUGCAUUAUGUCUGCUGUUAGGCUGGAUCAUCUGUUAUCUGUGUGUUUGGAAAGGUGUCAAAUCAACAGGAAGAGUAAGUGUCUCAGUUAGCUGGUAACCGGCUGAUCCAUGCCAUGCCAUGCCCAUGUCCGUGUCUUCUGUCUAAACUGGAUUCUAGUAGUAACAGAACAUUUGUUAUCAGUACUUAUUUUCAACAGUUUAUAGUCAGCAGGGCGAAAGGCAUUUAGUUUAAACUGACAAAUAAUUAAUAAGGUCAAUACUGAACGCUGGCUGAGAUAGGAAGAAAGGCUAUAUAGAGAGUAAACAAAAAAUACAUAGGAUUGUUGUGACGUUAAACGCUGAUCUCCAGUGAAAAAAGAGAUGUUCAUGACUUGUCCUUUGUUUUUUUUUUCUCUCCGGCAGGUGGUUUAUUUUACAGCUACAUUUCCUUAUGUACUGCUGACAAUUAUAUUUUUUCGUGCAGUCACCCUUCCAGGAGCGGGCGAGGGUGUCAAGUUUUAUCUCAACCCAAAUUUCACUCGUUUAGCUGAUAGCCAGGUGAUUGAGUGUCUUGUUGUCUCUUUUUAAGAUCGUUAACAACAUUAAAAGGUAUUUUUAUUUAUUCAGAAUUUCCCAUCACAUAAAUUGACCAAUCGUUGUGCAGAUGCUGAGCCGGUCGCGUUCGACUGACGUUAUUUUGGAAGAAUAGUAAUUGGUUUGUACAAUUGUCUUAGUUAUAUUAUAAAUUAAUUAUUAUUAAUGGGUUAAUGGCAGGUUUGGUUGGAUGCUGGGACACAGGUGUUCUUUUCGUACUCUAUUGGCCUUGGUACUCUCGUCGCACUUGGCAGCUACAACAAGUUUAAAACAAACUGUUACAGGUGAAUUUCCAACUCAUUUCUUACAACUGCAUCUUGUAUGUUUUCGCCAGCAGUCUUAAGUAAAAGACAAACGAAAGAAAAAAGAAAGAAUUAUACCACCAGCACUUUACGCUGGCCUAGUUAAUUGAUCAGUUUACAAAGUACUCUGCAGUUGUCGAUUCAGUUCUAAAUACUUCAUUGUAGAGACUGCAUCAUAUUUGCCUGUGUGAAUAGUGGUACUAGUCUUUAUGGAGGAUUUGUGAUAUUCUCGGUGCUUGGCUUUAUGGCGCAGAAGCAGCAAGUACCAGUAUCUGAGGUGGUUAAAUCAGGUAAGCUAAACCUCAUGUUCCUCAUUUUAACAUUACAUACUACAUGGCCACCAAUGGGUUCAUAUUUCUAUGGCAAAGUCAGUAUUAACAAACAUUUUUCGGUUUUUUGUGUGUCUGUAACCCUAGAGUUUUUUGCUUACUGAACGCCAGUUCACGUCUUUGUUAUAAAGUAAACACCUGCAGUGCUGCCAGGACUGUUCACCGUCGAGUCUCGGCAGUCAGUACUGACUCAGAAGUGAUGAAAAUAAGAAAAUUUAUUAAUCGAAGUUAAGACUAAAAAAGUCGAUUUCCUUCGGUUACUUUAGAAAACAAGAAAUGUUGGAGGGCUGGACGACGUUUCUUGUCAUGUUGUUUUAUCUCCUCAGGCCCUGGUUUAGCGUUUAUCGCAUACCCCGCAGCAGUAGCUGAAAUGCCAGUUGCUCCUUUGUGGUCCAUAUUGUUCUUCUUCAUGGUUAUCUUAUUGGGAUUGGACAGUGAGGUAUGACAUGUAUAAUUCACCCCUUUACUACACCGGCCCCAUUGCCGUAGCCUGAGUACACUUCCUAUUACUAAUAUGGGGAAGAAAAGCUACGAUCUCAGUCAUACACGUAAAUCUAACCUGGCCUGAAAUUCUUCAUAAGUUUAUUACCUUUUUUGUUCUACUUCACAGUUCGUUGGAGUGGAAGGCUUUGUGACAGCCAUUGUUGAUCUGUUUCCUAAUCACUUAAGGCGUGGCCAUCGCAAGGAAAUCUUCAUUGCUCUUUGCUCUGCUUUCUGGUUCUUGAUCGGUUUAUCCAUGGUUACUGAGGUAAUCACUCAGCUGAUAUUGAGCAUUAGGUGUUGAAUAGACUAGUAACUAAACUGAGUUCGGCAUCCAAUCGGCAUUCACUCGGCAAUUCAAUCAUUCACUUGGUUUCAGGGUGGAAUGUACGUAUUCCAGUUGUUUGAUUUUUACUCCGCGAGCGGCAGUGCUCUUCUGUGGGUGGCGCUCUUUGAAAGUGUAGCUGUUGGCUGGGUCUAUGGUAAGUAUAGUCUUUUUUUUUGCAAUAAUCAUUACAACAUUACAUAUAAGUUAUCUCGAACAACUCUGAUUUGCGUGUAUGGAUAAUUGCAGGCGGAGACCGAUUCUAUGACAAUAUGGCCUCCAUGAUUGGAUUCCGUAUCAAUCCGUGGAUCAAGUGGUGCUGGAAAUAUCUCACCCCAACUUUUUGCUUGGUCGGUAACAUAAGAUGUUAUCUUACGUAUUUUAUUUUAACUCCAAAACUGAGUAGUUUGAAGAAGCCCAAUUUUAUCAUUCCAUUACGGUGAAAGAGAAUGUGUGGUUAUUUCUACUAUCAUUUUAAACAAAUUGUAUACAACUUUAUAAGGUUAAAGGACAUGGCAAUAUAAGAGCACUUAUGCAAAGAAAAAGAAACUACGUAGUUCUUGAUCUGAAGUAAAAUUGCCGUUCCACUUUCCCUAUUCAGUAAAAUUGCUAACUGCUUCAAUUUCUUUCGCGGGUUCUAAUUUACAGGGGAUAUUUAUAUUCAGCCUGGCGUCUUACAAACCACUGGAGUACAAUGACUAUUCAUACCCAGUUUGGGGACAGGUGAUUGGUUGGUGGAUGGCUUUGUCCUCUAUUCUGUGUAUACCUGGGUACAUGGCUGUGAAGUUUGUAACAACAAAAGGAACAUUUCAAGAGGUACUCUUUUUUUGUUUUAUUGGUGGACGUCAUCUGUCUAGUAUAUUACCGUUUCUGCAAGAAUUUUCCGAUUUGCCACCAUGUAGUGCACUUGGUAGCAGUUCUUGAAGUAUGGCUGACUAUGUGGUGGGUACUGUACAAUAGACAGGGGAUGGACAGUUCGAUCUCAUGCAUGUGCCAAGCGAACUCUUUGCUUAGUAAUACCAAUAAUAGCAUUCAGCGGUACAAGCUUGUUUUGCAAUUAAAUAACUAGAACAAGAAGAGUGCCGGGUGAGGUUUUUAAUGAUUUUUUUUACAGCCUUGAGAAGAUUAUCGCGGAACAAAGAGUCUGAUGUGUAGAACCUUGUCGCGGGCACUUUCUCAGUUUGACCAGUGACUUCACUAUCCCUAGUGGUUAAAGGUUACCAUUUGAAUUCUGUUAUUCGUCUGAAACCCUCCUUGUCGUUCUGAAUAGUUACUGGGACUAAACUAGUGGGCGAAACGAAGCGAAGCAGGUCGUGUCUGAAAUAUCGCUUUUUUUUUGUCCAUAGCGUUGGAAAAUUCUGACCACACCGACCCAUAUAGAGAAUGACAAAGAGACUGAAGCUGGCGAUGAAAAUAAUAAACUUGAACUUGAGAAGAAAGAACAGGACUCGAUGUUGUAACUAGUUGUGUUCUACAAUAUUAAAGGGUUUUCAUCUACUAAAAGAAAUUGAGGGACUGCAUCAGUGGAGAUGUGAAACACAAAGGAUUGGUUUUAUCAGCUGAGCUGGGAAAGGAAAUUGGCCAGCGUAAGGAGAGUUAAAGGAACCAGCCUUUCGUUAAAGCGAAUCAAGGGAGGUGCAUAUAUCGAAAGGUCGCAAGAAAUCAAGGAUAAAAAUCUUAUCUUUGAAUUUUUUAUUCUAUUCCGCACGGAAUCACUAAACACUUUUCAUUCAAUUUAUUUUUUUCUUGUUUUUCAUGUUAUCACCAAUGACAUGGCUCCGCCAUAUUUGAUAUCAGUUGAUUCUCUGACAAACGGCUAGCGUUCAAGAGGUCGGCUUUUAAAUCUCUUACUUUUAUCAAGUGGCCAGUUACUUAAUCAACUCAGUUAAUAAAGCCAAAUUUUUAUCUUUGACAAUAAUUGAGUGAUAAUCAGCUUUAUAUCAUUCAAAGCAACUUCAUGUGACUUAAUAUAUAUCCGAUAGUGUGUGAUAAGAAUUAUGUGGAGUAAGUGUUAUUGAUGUAAAAGUACCACAAGUCUGUAAGUUUUUAGAUAUCCUUUGCCGGCAUUAAACCGC